AUGAAUUAGCAGGAGUAUACAAAUAUGAUUGUUAUGGCCUUCUAAGCUAAAGACAGUUAAACAAGAAGUAAAGCAGAGGAGUUAUUGAUUCAAACCUGCCAGAAUGAUAUUGGAUCUAUAGACAUUUUAUGUGAAUUAUCAUCUUAAUAAAAUGAUUUACUUUUGGGGGAAUAAGCUGCAAUUACAAUAAAAACUGCUAUUAAAAAAUUCAUAGCCAAUACCAGUAAGGCCAUAUUAAAUUAUAAUUUAGAACCAUAUGCUGCUGAACUGAGAUUACAUCAUGUUGAUCUCUUUGUUCAAAUGUUCACUAAAUAGAUCCCAAAUAAAAUCAAAGACAUUGUCCAAUAAGCUCUAUAGUAACUAGUUUGUUAUGAUAAAUGUAAAUAGAUUUAUAAUAUUCAACUUUAGAAAAUCACUUCAAAACUCGUCUUAAGUAGCAUGUCAUCUAAUCUAUUGAAACUAAGCUCGAAAAUAUGGUAGUGUCAGCAUGCUUCAUAGCUGAAACCUUGCAAUUGGAUAACCAAUUUGAAUGGUUCUAAUCGAUAAUCAAAAUAGGUAAAAUAAUAGAUGGUUUUUCUCAAUCAACUAAAAUACUCUGGGCCAAAGUCCUCUUUAGUCAAUUGGAUCGACAUCUUACAACAAAUUAGAUGAGGAGUGUCCCAGACCCAAUUCAAUAAUACUUCUUAUUCAAUGAGGAACUGUGUUAAGUCCUCAUUCUCAAAAUCCAACAACUAACAUUUGUAGGUGAUGAUUUAGAAUAUUGUCAAUUGAUUGUGGCUUCAUAAAGAUUGAUUUAUGGCUCUAUCUUUACAUUUUAUAAGGAAGCCAUUGCAAACAAGUGUCCCUUCUAAGAAAUAUUAUGCGUCAUCUGUGACACCUACAUCUAAAGUCUUGUAGCAUUUACUAUGCAACCUAGUUUCUCUUACGAAAACCUCAAUCAAAAUCAAUAAAAAUUAAUCAACGAAAUCAUUAAAAUUUUGGCAAUUACAUGCAAAAGUGUUUCAGUCUAUCACAUCUUUGCUGAAUAUAGAAUGGCUAUUUUCGUUGACAUUAUUGUACCAUUCUUUUCGUCAACCUAUAAAGAAGUUAAUGAUCUCAAUGAAGAUCCCAAUGAAUUUGUACAAUUAACUUAAGAUCUAUUAGAUGAAUAGAAAUCAGAUAUCAUCAAGUCAUCAGUAGCUUAAUUAAUUAUAGCCUAUUGUUAACACAUAGAUGGAUCCAUAUCCUUUUUUACUUCUUUCACAACACUAACUGCUUCGUAUUGCAUUUAAAAACUUAAGAAUACUGAAAUAAGUCAAUAAUUGGGAUUGAUCAUGGAAUUCAGGGAACAUUACUUUUUGAAAUCAAUGAAUGUUAAUAUUUUAUUAGAGACUUCAUUAUUAAUCCUAUCAAUUUUAAGCAAUUUUCUCAUUUCAAGAAAUGAGGUUGGAUUACUUUUCAAAUCAUUUAUUGGUGAAUAUAACGAUUACCUAAUUAAUUAUUCAAUACGUACAUACAUAAUGUAUACUUUUAGCACUCGUUAAGGCUAGACUCUGUACCUUUAUUGGGGCCUUUUGCAAAACAAUUCUAAAUGAGAAAGAUGAACUCUCUUAUUAGCUACUUAAUUUUUUGAUGAAUUAGAUCAAAUCUUCGUAAACUGAAUUAUAUGCUAAUUGCUAUUGUGCAAUAGAAGCCAUCAAAAAUAUCAUUGAAGAACCCAACCUAGAAAAACUGUUGGAACCAAAUAUAGGAUAGAUUUUACUCGUACUAUGUUAAUCUUUAAUAUAAAGUGAUUUUGAGGAUCAUUUUGACACAAUUAAACAAAUUUUCAAGUAUGUAUUAUGAUUGCAUUCAGCUAGAACAUUUUCAUUAGAACCUACUGUGUUAGACUAAGCAUUAAGUUUUAUAGUCUUGAAAAUAUAAUAAGAGUAGUAACUUGUAGAAUAAGGAUAAACUGAGAGAUAGAUUUGUAUCAAUUAAACUUGGAACAUACUUAAAGCUCUACCUGAAAUUGAGAAUAUCAUUCCUAUCCAUUUUACUCUUUUGGAAAAAAGGGUUUCUGUGUUAUAUAAAUAUAUCAUAAGUAAUUAAUAAUUAUAACUAUUUUAGAUCCAAAUAUCAUCGAUUUUGAUGAGGAUAUUGUCUACUUCAUUUCUUAGUUAAUUUGUAAAACUAAGUUUAUUAGUGAUUUUCAAGCUGAAAUGUUCUUUUAAUGUAAAAAAGUAAUUGAAAAAUAAAGAUUCACACUCGGAUAACUAUUUGAGCUCUUUAAUUAUUAUAUUUAUUAUGGAAAAUCUUUAUUUUCAAAUCUCAACGCUCAGGAAUUUGUAUUCAUCUUAUAUCUUAAUUUAGUUAAUAUAAAUGCUGGAAACUGUGUUUAACAAUCCAUAAAUAGGUGAAUCCUCUUAAGGCGAAGCUAUUUUGCUUCUUCAUCUAUUACUUUAGGAAUAUCAAUUAAAUAAAGAGGUUUUAAUCUACAUUUAUACAAAAAUCCUACAAAGAUCCUAAUUGCUAGUAAAAAACGAUUUUUUGAGAGCUCGACUAAUGGGAAUAUACAUUUCAGGGUUUAUUAAAAAUUGUGCCUUAACCUUAGAGUGGGUAGAAUAACAAUAGGGAUUCAUUUAUGAUCAUAUUAUUGAUUCAAGUAAGUACUGCUUACCUGAUUAUGACUGCCAGCUCUAUGUGUUUGGAUUUUGUUAACUAUUGCUUUAAAAUCCUCGAUACUUAAAUUUAGCUUUGCUUCAAAAUUUAGUUGGAGUCUUGAAAAAUUAAUACAAUAACGACUUAAAGAAGGCCAAAGAUGAUAAAGAUGACAGUGAAGAUAUGUUUGUAUUUAAUGAUGAACUGGAGGAUGCAAAAAUAAUAAUGGAAACCUUUUAAUCAAAUAUAACAAAACACAACGAAUUUGAAUAGUUCCAUUUAACUUAUUAACACCUAAGAAAGACCAUCAAUAUACCAGAAUUAAUAUCUAAUGAUUCUAUUUUGAAAAAAGAUCUUGAUGAUAUGCUAAAAAUCAAUAAAUUUAAUUCAGAAGCUAGAAUAAUUUUAAAAUUGAAAAAAAGAAAAGAAACUUGA